AUACUGAAAACGCACAAGAACCCUGGUUUGUUAAAACAAGGUUCAGCUGAAAUGGUCGACAACAGCGUGUCAAAGGAAAGACUACAUUUCCCAAGGGGCAGCGCGGCACGUCACAGAAGAAGGACGGCGCAUGCGCAGAGUGGUCCUCCACGACGCGACUCACAGAGAGGGAAAAAACGUAUGCGGUUCUCAACGUGCCGCGAAUCUUCGAACGCAAGCGCGUUAUUAUCCGCAGACUUUGAAAAGGAUUCGAGGAACGCGCCUGCUUCCGCCGUCGCAGUUUCCAGCGCGACGUGCUUGUUCCACCGUGGCUCGGUGCCCCCAUAUACCAUGGCCCUUGUGUCUGCUGAUUCCCGCAUUGCAGAACUUCUCACAGAGCUCCAUCAGCUGAUCAAACAAACCCAGGAAGAGCGUUCGCGGAGCGAACACAACUUAGUGAACAUCCAGAAGACCCACGAGCGGAUGCAGACAGAGAACAAGAUCUCUCCCUAUUACCGGACAAAGCUGCGGGGCCUCUACACAACUGCCAAGGCCGAUGCAGAGGCCGAGUGCAACAUCCUCCGGAAAGCCCUAGAUAAGAUUGCGGAAAUCAAGUCUCUGUUGGAAGAGAGGCGGAUUGCGGCCAAGAUCGCAGGCCUGUACAAUGACUCGGAGCCCCCUCGGAAGACCAUGCGCAGGGGCGUGCUGAUGACCCUGCUGCAGCAGUCAGCCAUGACCCUGCCCCUGUGGAUCGGGAAGCCUGGUGACAAGCCCCCACCCCUCUGUGGGGCUAUUCCGGCCUCUGGGGACUAUGUGGCCAAACCUGGAGACAAGGUGGCAGCCCGGGUCAAGGCCGUGGAUGGGGAUGAGCAGUGGAUCCUGGCCGAGGUGGUCAGUUACAGCCAUGCCACCAAGUGAGUGGACACCCAGCUCUGUGGGCCACUCUCCUGUCAUCGCACCUGUGUGGGCUGCCCCUUUGUCACCCAUCUGCAGGACAGGAGAAGAGCUUCCCCACAGGGUGCCUGUGGGGACGGGGAUGGCAGGUGAAGCGAAGCAGCCGGCUCCUUGGGCUACUUCUCCUCCCCGCCCUGCUCCUUCGCCUCCUCACCCUGCUCCUUCCCCUCCUCACAGCUCCCCGACUUGCACCUCCCUGCAUCCACCAUUUUCCUU